AAUAAGAUAAUAUUUUGGCAAUAACCCUGGAAUAACUGGAUGAUGAUUAUGUGUGUGAUGUGUUUGUGUGUGUAUAAUGUGGUGGAUACUAUCAAUUCACCAACAUUAUCCUCACAGUAGCAACAACAACCCCUACAAGAUUUUUUUUCAACAGUAUUUUGCUGGUUUGGGUAGCGCAAUAAUCAUAGACAUCAUUGAAAAUGUUGUGAUUUGUAAUCGACCAAUAUCAUCCAUAGAACCUGUCUUAUCAAACAAAGUAUUCAAUUUCAUCAAUUUGAUCAAUAAUAAGCAUCGAACAAAGUUAUUUUCAUAUAUCAAAUUUCAACCAGCAAAAAAAUAUAUAAAUUAUUAUUUGGUGUAUCAUUCGAUGCCAAACAAUUUUCCAGCACAUCAAUUGAACUCGAUAUAUUAAUUAUAAUUAAAACGGGUCGAAUACAGACAGAGACAACAACGAUACACAUGGUCACGCGAUU